AUGAAAUCCGCCGGCCUCGAGCACGAAGUCGUCCUCGACGGCACGUCCCGCGCCGCCAACGCCUCUGGCCCCGCCCAAAUCUCUCUCACCGACUGCCUCGCCUGCUCCGGGUGCGUCACCUCCGCCGAAGCCGUGCUCGUGAGCCUGCAGAGCCAUGCCGAAGUUCUCAACACCCUCGACGCCGCCCCGGCCCUCCGGAUACGCAGCGACGGUGCCGGCGCCACCGCCGCCGCCGAGGGCCUUGAAGACGACGCCGCCAAGAUCUUUGUCGCCAGCGUCGCGCCCCAGGUCCGCGCCAACCUAGCCGCCGCCUGCGGACCGGGGUGGGGCAACUCGUUUGCGUGGGUGGUGGAUACCAACGUCGCGCGCGAGGCCUGCCUGGUGCUCAGCGCCGAGGAGGCUCUCGCGUCCGCCGGCCCCGGGUCCCCGCCGAAGCCCGUCCUCGCCUCCGCCUGCCCCGGGUGGGUGUGCUACGCCGAGAAGACGCACCCCACGUCCUGCCCUACUUAUCCAAGGUCAAAUCCCCCAGGCGCUCAUGGGCACCGUCGUGAAAACCGCGCUGAGCAAGAAGCUCGGCGUGCCGCCCAGCCGGAUAUGGCACCUGGCCGUCAUGCCCUGCUUCGACAAGAAGCUCGAAGCGAGUCGCGAAGAGCUCACGGACAAGGCGUGGGGGAUGCCGGCGACGACGCCGCGAGCAAGGGCGCGAGGGACGUCGACUGCGUCAUCACCAGCAAAGAGGUCCUCAUGCUCGCCGAAUCUAGAGGGCUCAACUUCUUCGACCUCGCAGACGACGAAGCCUACACACCACAAACAACCACCACCCCGUUCCCCGACCCCGCACUACACGAAUUCCUGUUCCCCCGCCGCCCCUACCGGUCGCCGCGGGAGGCGAGCACGUCGGGCGGCUACCUCCACUUCAUCCUCGAAGCCGUCGCGUCCAGGAACCCAGGUUCCCAGAUCCAGGGCGCGCGGGGCAGGAACGCGGACGUGAUGGAGUACAGCGUCGUCUCCGCCGCGGGCGACCCCAUUUUCAGGGCCGCGCGGUUCUACGGGUUCCGCAACAUACAAAACCUCGUGCGCAAGCUCAAGCCGCCCAAGCCCUCGCGGAUGCCGGGCGGCAAGCCGUUUGGCAGCGCCAGGAGGCCGGCCGCCGGCAAACCGGGGACGGUCGAGUACGCCUACGUCGAGGUCAUGGCGUGCCCCGGCGGCUGCACCAACGGCGGAGGCCAGGUCAAGGUGGACGACGACAUCAUCGCGGGGCGCACGGGGCAAGAGGCGAAACCGGGCCCGCACGAGCAAAAGGCGUGGCUGGCGCGUAUCGACGAGGCGUACUUUUCGGAAGAGGAUGACGUGGACGGGAUCAACGGCGCGCCGGGCACGGGCGUCGACGGCGACGUGGUGGAUGGCAUCUCGCUCUCGCAUAUCAAGGGGAUCCUAGAGUACUGGUCCGGCGCGACGGGUGUGGGGCUGGACAAGCUGGCCCUCACGAGCUUCCGCGAGGUCAUUAGCGAUGUGGGCAAGGACAAGACACAGACGGAGCGGGCCGCUCAGCUCGCAGGCAAGAUUGGAGGUGGAUGGUGA